AAAUAAAAUAUUUUCCGGAAAAUUGGAGGAAUUUUUUAGGCAACUUUCCUUUCUGGGAAUUUUCAUCAAACUAUAAUUAUAGACAUGAAUAACACAUAAAUGGUUUGUUUGAAUAUCAAUCGACAGACCAUAACUUGAAUGACAACCACAACAACAACAAUGUGUUAUAUUCAUCGACUUUAUACAACCAUUUCAUUGAUUUUCAUCAAAUCUUUAUUAUCACCCAUUUGUUGUCAUCCGAUACUAAUAGUCAUAUCGUUUGAUGGCUUCAGAAAUGAUUACGUGAGACCCGAUCUCACGCCACAUAUGUUUAAAUUAGCCAACAAUGGUGUCAGAGCUCACAUGAGAUCGUCAUUUGUGACGAAGACGUAUCCCAACCACCAGACGAUAGCCACCGGUUUUUAUGAAGAGUUUCACGGAAUCAUUAAUAACGAGAUGUUUGAUCCACUCUAUAACGAGACAUUCAAUGUCGACAAUUCAUCAGACAUUUGGUGGAAUGAGAGUCCAGUGAUUCCCAUUUGGAUUGCUAAUCAAAUGGUAGAUCCAGUUAACAGAUUUAGCGCAUCCAUGCAAUGGCCUGGAAGUCAAGUCGUCUACAAGAAUCAUGCGAUCAAAUAUCGACAAGAAUGGAACGAUACGUUGACAUGGAAUAAAAGGAUUGAUAUUAUUAUUAAAUGGAUGACCGAUAGCAUCCCGACCGCCAACUGUGUGUUCGCUUAUUUUGAUGAACCGGACACCACUGCCCACGAAUACGGACCUUUCGGUGAUGAAACUAUCGAAAAGGUCAGAAUAGCCGACCAAACAAUCGGACAUUUGAUCAAUAGAUUAGAGCAGAAAAGAUUAUUAAGCAAAACCAAUAUAAUCAUACUUUCAGACCAUGGAAUGGCUGAAGUCAAAUCUGAUCGGGUGAUCAAUUUGAAUACAUUUCUGGAUCCUGAUUUGUAUCACAUAUACGGUGCUUCACCUGUUUGGUCCAUUGAACCGAAACAUAAAUAUGAAGAACAAGUUUACCAGACUUUAUUAAAUGCCUCAAAGACUAAAAAUUUUACAGUUUAUAAACGCGAAGAUAUUCCAGAAUAUUUACAUUAUAAGAAACACAGAAGAAUAUUAUCCAUAUUUAUUGUAGCCGACGAGGGAUGGGAUAUCUAUAAGAACAUGACGUGGACUCCCAAAGGCAUCCAUCAGUGGGGAAAUCACGGCUAUGAUAACAGACUCGAGUCUAUGCGACCACUGUUUAUAGCGAAUGGACCGACAUUUAAAUCCGGUUAUAAUCACACAAAACCAUUUGUAAACGUAGAUCUGUAUCCAUUAAUGUUAUACGUAUUGCAAUUAUAUCCUACAAUACAAUUUCCGAGCAACGGCUCAUUGACCAACAUAUGGGAUAUACUGAUACCUCCUAUUUAUGCGGAUUCUUAUGAUAGUUCUGCUCAAAAAUGGUUUAAUUUUAUUUUUUACAUUUUUGGUGGAUUUGGUAUUUUAUUCUUUGGAAGUGUUUGUCUCAUAUGUUCGACAAAUAUCGGCAAAUCUGUUCGCAGUCGUCGGUCAACAGACGUUGUUUGGGAGUCAUUGGGUUCGGGACUUGAUAUUGAUUUGCGUUCACAUUUGGAUCCAUCAGUUAAUGAUUUCUCAAAGUCUUUUGAUGACGACAUCAUAAGUCGUGCCAAUCGUCUUCAAAAGCCAGAGGAGACACUUCUACUUCUUGAAGAUAGUGAUGAAGAAGAUCUGUGAUAAUUAUUUUACAGUUGAAUAUAAUUGGGAAACACUUGUCUUGUAU